AUGAUGGAGGACCGAUCAACAGGGGCGUCUGGCACGCCGUCCCCUCAGCCUGACUUCGAACGCAACCGAUUGCCGACACUCUUCGAGGUUUUGAGCAGACGGACGCUGCCCCCUGUCGACCUGUUCUCAUUCUACAUCUUCAUGCGAGACCAGCAAAAAUCGGUCGACUAUCUCGAUUUCUGGCUCGAUGUCGCUCAGCACAUGUCUCUAUGCCGUCACUAUGUCCGCGAACUUCGCAGAUCAGUCCUCGUCGGCACCCCCGACCUGGACAAGUCCGGCUCGAAGCGGUCUUCCGCGAUUCUCGACGGCCUCGGCGACAUGAGCCACCCGGCUGCCGGCCCUUCCAUGUAUGCAACCGAGAAGGAGAAGAACCAGGACGCCCAGAUGUCGGCGUACCUGCGCGAGGAGGCCCACGACUCGCCGCAGAGCAGCACAGGCGACCACCGCAGCCGGCCGAGCGGCGCAUUCAGCCACACGCGGGACCUGACGACCGACUCAAACUCCCCCGCCAACGCCGUCGCGAGACAGGACAUCCGCGCCUCCGCCGAGAAGAUUCUCUACACCUUCCUUCUCCCCGGCGCCGAGCGCGAAAUCAUCCUGCCCGGCUCCAUCACCCAGGACGUCACCACCGCCAUUGAGGACUUUGGCAGAGAUGACCCCGAGGUCUUUGACGUUGCCAAGGACUACGUCUUCCAGGCUAUGGAGCGCGACGCCUUCCCCAACUUCCUGAGAAUGAAGGCCCUGGGCAACCUCAUCCCCACCACCCUUCAGAUCAGAAUGAUCGUUGGUCUCCUGUCCAUGUUUGGCGGCUUCUGGGCUGCUUUCAUCCUCAUCUUCCUCGAUGCUGCUCGUACCACGCGCUGCUGGCUCAUCCUCCCUUUUACCGUUGGUGUCUACUUCCUCGCCUCUUACCAAUACUCACUGGAUCCUGUCCUCGCUCUCAUCGGACUGAGCGAGUACACACCCUUCAACUUCUCCCGGAUCCGUGAGCCCUACGUUCGUAAGCUCCUCGCUAAGCGGUCCAUCAUGGUCCUUGCCGUCACUUUCCUAGUUGAUGCCGCGCUCUGUGUUCUGUUCAUCCUUGUCCCAGGCAAGCGGCUUUGA